AUGUGUGAUUACAAAAACUGUAGAAAAUAUUUUACAAAUUUAAAACAUUUAAAAAAACAUAAACGAUAUAUUCAUCUGAGUAUAAAACCAUUCAAAUGUGAUGUCUAUAACUGUGGCAAACAAUUUGCUACUAAAUCUCAACUUUCAAUACAUCAACGAAAACAUUCAGGAGUUAAACCAUUUAAAUGUAAUGUCAAUGAAUUAGAUUUCAAAAUUUUUAAUUCAACUUCAAAUUUAAAUCAACAUAAAUCUAGUGUUCAUUUUAAUAAAAAGCUUAAAUGCUUUUAUGAAAAUUGUAAUAAAACUUUUACAACAAACUGUUAUAAAAAACAUAAAUUAACUCAUUUGAAGAAAAAACAAUUCAAGUGUUCAGUAAACGAGUGUUUAAAAACAUUUACAACAAAUCAUUGUUUACUUCGACACAAAUCAAUAGAUCAUUCAAUUGAACGCGAAUUCAAGUGUGAUUACAAUAGCUGUGGAAAAUAUUUUACAAAAUUCAAACAUUUAAGACAUCAUUACCGAACUAGUCAUCUGAAUAUAAAACCAAACAAAUGUGAUGUCGAUAACUGUGGCAAACAAUUUGCUACUAAAACUGAACUUUUAAGACAUCAACGAAAACAUUCAGGAAUUAAACCAUUUAAAUGUGAUUUCAAUGAAUGUUUGCAACAACACAAACGUACUAAACAUUUGGAUAUAUAA